CUUCUUCCCUUCUCUUAUACUCACCAAGCCAUAAUUUUUUUUGGGAGGGAGAAUGAAAAUACAUGUACUGCUUGACGAAAAACAUCCCAAAUGUGGCUUUCACAGAUUAUUGUGGAAGGGCUAUAAAACCAAACACUGCAGGGAAGCGCCAUUCAAUAACGAUUCCAUUUACAUAAUAACCCUGCAAAUGGAUUCAUUGUAAAUGGUCGAUUGUGAACGUGAUGGUGUUUGCUUCGUUGGAAUUUCAGGUAUAGAAUUGAUACUGGAAAUAUACAGUGAGAUGCCUUUCACAUCAUUGUAUAGCUGCUGUCCUCUAAGUAAACCCUGCUCUAUAGGCUUGUGGUUUUCUACUUUCAACACCAUUCUAAAUAUUAGGGUAAUAUUUAAAAUAAGGUAACAAUUAUGGCACUUUUUGGUUAUCGAAAAAUGUGACUAUUACCAAACCCCAAAAUGAAAGAGCUCCUGUGUGUUUAUCUUAGUGUUUGUGGGCUUGUGCACGCACAUGGGCGCGCAUGACCUCGUUAUAAAAUCGACCUUUUGUGAUAUAAACGAAAACAUAUACGUGUUUUGAUAUUAUAUCUAAAGAGGUCACAUAAAUAGCAUAUAAUAACAAUGCCUAUACGAGUGCGCAUGCAUAUAUAUGCGUGUGUAUCUUUGUACACAGUUUCUGGACCCAAUGUGUAAAAUGUUAAACAGCUGUUAUGGGACUGUCAUAUCCGUCAGUAUUAACUUAAUGGAUGGGCUUUUUAUUGCAACACAUGUCAAUGGAUGCACUUCAUAUUUCAUUAUUAUGCAUCUUUGGAGAAUUAUAUUUAUUCUGGAGCCCAAAACUCACUGAGCAGACUGGAUUGUUGGGGUUUGUCGAGAAGUCUCAAUAUCAGUUUUUUGGGAUAUGUUUUUUUUUCACCUCUGAAGCCUGACUCUUGCAAGUAUGAAUAGCUACUGGCAUGAAAUGUGUGUGUGUGUGUGUAUGUGCUUGUGUGUGCGUGUGUGUGUAUGUGUGUGUGUGAGUGGUGGGGGCGUUCUCGACUGACAUCCUCAAACAAUACGAGAAAGAGGAGUGCACGAAUCCGCGCACCCUAGGCUGGGCUCCUUCCCUGUAAUAGUGAGCGUCAGCCAUUCUUAAAAAACACAUUUUGUAGCUUAGUGGACUGGACUGGAGAGGGCGAGAAGAGGAUAAACUGAGCGGACAAAGAUGUAAAUAAAAACAGUCGUCCUCACAGCUGAGCGAGGCGUUUCUUCACCAGAGUUUUUGGAUCAAUCAGGCACAACAGUGGCUCCUUUUGAUUAAACCCCAAAUUGUCAUUGGGCAGAGGUAAUCAUGUGACAGGCAAAUUCGGUCCAAUUUCAACCUUGUCUCCAUGAAUUCAAUAGUUUAAUAGUAGCUCGGUCCCCAUACGGUUGAAUCAGUGAUAUAGAAAAAAAAAAAAAAAACACCACCAGGAGAUUUUUUUUAAUGAUUUUUUUAUUUCUCGUCCUCACUGAGCCGCGACAUUUAUAUAAAAAAAAAAAAUACGCGUGCAAACUUUUCCUCGUGCUCUCAGAGGGAGCGGAGAUGAAUUACGAAUUCGAGCGAGAGAGCGGUUUUAUCAAUAGUCAGCCGUCGCUUGCUGAGUGCCUGACAUCUUUCCCCCCUGUCGCUGAUUCAUUUCAAAGUUCAUCAAUCAAGAGCUCGACGCUUUCACGCCCGACACUGAUUCCUCCUCCCUUUGAGCAGACCAUUCCUAGCCUGAAUCCGAGCAGCCAUCCGCGGCACGGCCGGCCCAGACACAGCCCCGACGGAUGCAGCCCGCUGCCCACCGCCUCCUUACCGCCGGAGUACCCCUGGAUGCGGGAGAAGAAAGCCUCCAAGAGGAGCCACCUGCCGACCUCUACUUCCACCAUCUCAAAUGGACACGAGUGUUUUUCUCCAAAAGGCUCGCCUGAGAUUGUGGAUAGCAGCGGUGGUGGAGGUGGAGGAGGAGGAGGCUCUCGCCGGCUGAGGACUGCGUACACCAACACCCAGCUGCUGGAGCUGGAGAAGGAGUUCCACUUCAACAAGUAUCUGUGCCGGCCGAGGAGAGUGGAAAUAGCGGCCCUGCUGGAGCUCACCGAGAGGCAGGUCAAAGUGUGGUUCCAGAACCGGCGCAUGAAGCACAAGAGGCAGACGCAGAGCAAGGAGAACCACAACCACAACGGGGAUGGGAAAGGGACGUGCACAGAGGACGGCAUCCACACCGACGAAGAGGAGGAGGAGGACGAGGAAGAAGGCCCUCUGUAUGAGAGGAGUGGAGCUCUGCUGGAGAGAGAUACCUGCUCCUUUCAGAAUAACACAACUCAGCUCCACAAUGGAGAGUCCAUGAGCUUUGCUGCUGCUGCGUCGCUGAACAGCAAUGACAAAAAUCUGAAACAUUUCCCCAUCCAGGCACCCACUGUUCCGGGCUGCAUGUCAACAAUGGGCCCGGGCUCGGCCUGCUCUGGCCCAGACAAUAGCGAUAGUCCCCCGGCCCUGGAUGUUUCUAUACACGAUUUUCAAGUAUUCUCGUCGGAUUCCUGCCUGCAGCUCUCCGAUGCAGCCUCGCCGAGCCUGUGCGAGUCUCUGGACAGCCCCGUGGACAUUUCUACGGACAGUUUCUAUUUUUUCUCGGAGUCCCUAACUACAAUCGACCUGCAGCAUCUGAACUAUUAACUGAAAAUCAAUCACAAUAGCUUUUCCUUUUUUUUCCUCGAGGACAAUAAAUAUCAGGCUAUUAAACUCUGAUGUUAUUUGUAUAUUCGGCACAUUUAUUCUGUUGAUAUUUGACUUAAUACAAAGGUAAGGAUGAAAUGAAAAUCACUGAAAAUAGCUCUACUCAAACUUGUAAUUACCAUAACAGAAUUGAUCUCUUGGAAUGGAAAAUUAUGAGUGUAUGUGAAUAAUUAUACAAUAUUAUAGGCCUAUGGAACCUGGUCAUUUUAUUUUUGUAUAGCUUCCAAUGUCUUGGAUAUUUUUGUUAGAAUACAAUUAACUUGCUACAAUCCUUUUUUUUCUCCCCUGGUGUUUUGAGUCGUUUCUUUUUUCUAUUUA